UCCCGAAGAAACGAUCGAGCAUGGCGACGCCGAGCAAGUCCGGCUUGGAGCAGCACUUGUUCCGCAUCACCCUCUCCUCCAACUCCAACAGCGUCCACGACCUAGACAAGGUGUGCUCCGACGUGGUCAAGGCCGCCAAGGAGAAGCUGGUCCGGGUGAAGGGCCCGGUCAGGAUGCCCACCAAGAUGCUCAACAUCACCACGAGGAAGUCACCCUGCGGACAAGGCACCAACACAUGGGACCGGUUCGAGAUGCGCGUGCACAAGAGGGUCGUCGACCUCGUCGGUUCCCUGGACGUCAUUAAGCAGUUCCCAGUCCCCAUCCCGCCCACCGUCCACGUUGAGGUCACCAUCACCGACCUUUAAUGUGUUUUUGCAACAUACAUACGGAGUAGAUGGGUGGCCUUUUUGUGUGUGACGGCUGGUUUCUGAGAUGCGUAUGUACCUUCUUGGCAUUGUGAUUCAGAGUAACAGCUCUCGAUUGAGAUUGAGUUACAUCUAGAUGUGACCUAGUUAGUUAUUGCACAGCUAGGCGGCUCAAUCAAGCAUAUAUAUAAUCAUCUGUGCCUUAAA